CAACACAUAUUAUUAAAUAUACGAACUCGUGAAUCAGACCACAGUAGUAUAUCAAUGGCAGCUUACCAAGAGAGAGUGAGCCAUCUACUUGCUUGCUACCUUAGUUAAUCGGCUUCUCAAUUCACAACCCCCUCCCUCAAAAAAUGUCUUCCUCCAGUACGGACGAACGGAAACUGGCCAAGGAAAUCCCCGGCCACAUCCGCAUCUACGACGAUGGCACCGUGGAGCGCCUCCGCGACACCGACGUCGUCCCUCCCUCCAUCGACGCCGGCCCCGGCGGAGUCUCCACCAAGGACGUCGUCUACCUCCCCGAACUCAACCUCUCCGCCCGCCUCUACCUCCCUCAACCCGCUGGAAACCGGAAACUGCCACUGGUGAUCUACUUCCACGGCGGUGGCUUCUGCGUCGCCUCCGCCUUCUGCGCCAAGUACCACCGCUACGUGUACCGCAUGGCCGCCGAAGCCCAAGCCGUGGUCGUUUCCUUCGACUACAGGCUAGCCCCCGAGCACCCGAUCCCAGCGGCCUACGAGGAUUCCCGGGCCGCGCUUCGUUGGGCCGCUUCUCAUCGGGCCGGAAAUGGGCCCGAACCAUGGUUAAACGAUCACGCUGAUUUCGACCGGGCUUUCUUGGCAGGUGACAGCGCUGGGGGUAAUAUCGUCCACAACUUGGCUGUUGGGAAGCUGGAGUUUGGGCUUCUGGGGCUUGCUUUGGUGCAGCCAUUCUUUUGGGGGACUGAGCCCAUUGGAUCCGAGCUCGACUUUCCGGAUGCGAUGGCGAAGGCCGUGGCGAGCCGUGUGUGGCCCUUUAUCUCUCCGUCGAGCCCGGACAACGAUGACCCGCGGAUCAACCCGGUAGCUCCUGAUGGGCCGGGCCUGGUGGGUCUGGGUUGCAAGAGGGUUCUGGUUUGUGUGGGGGAGAAAGAUGUGUUGAAGGACAGAGGAUGGCUUUAUUAUGACACACUAAGGAAGUGUGGAUGGAUGGGAGUUGUGGAGAUCCAUGAGAUUGAAGGCAAAGGUCAUGGCUUCCACUUGUACGAGUUGGAGAGUGAGAAAGCUGGGGCUUUGAUCAAAAGGCUCGCAACUUUCUUCAAUAGCUAGGGAGAAUAAAAUUGGCACCUCUUCUCUUGUGAAGGAAUCGCAAUAAUGAGGGGCAUAUGAUGAAACCUAUCUCCUAUAAAUCAUUCACGCAAUCGCUUUCCAGGGUGUCAUUCGCGCUUUUUUGGCGCCCUGUUUGUUUUUUUUUUCAAGUCUCAUUAAAAUUUCAUUUUCUAA